AUUGGGAUGGGAGGCGAUGGCGCCGGUGGGGGGAGGCGAUUGUCAUGAUGGUGACUGGGGAAAUGUCGCGAUGGAGUUCAGGCGACGGCGAUGGGAGGGGAGGUGAUGCCAAUGGGGAAAAGGUCACGAUCACGAUUGGGGAGGCAGGCAAUGCCAAUGGGGGAAAGGAUGAUCCUCCACCGGAAGUCCCAACAAACAUUCGUCGUCUAUUAGAUCGAUUUCCAGAAGUUCUGGCUGAGCCUCGUGGAGUUCCCGAGCGUCCGGUCAAACACAAGAUCGAGAUAAUAGAAGGGAGUGUUCCUCCAAAGGGUUGCGUCUAUCGUAUGGGACAAGGCGAGUUGGAAGAGUUGAGGAGACAAAUUGAGGACAUGAUUGAUCGUGGAUGGAUUAGGCCUAGCGAGUCUGAGUUCGGUGCACCUGUCCUGUUUGUGCCGAAGAAAGGAGGCAAACUCCGGAUGUGUAUUGACUAUUGUGGCCUAAACCGUAUCACCCAAAAAAACGCUUAUCCCUUGCCGCACAUAGAUGAUCUGCUAGAUGUUGCAGGUGGGUGCAAGGUCUUCUCCAAGAUCGACCUCAAAUCUGGCUACCACCAGAUUGAAGUUAAUCCGAGCGUCCAACACGAAACUGCAUUCAAAACACGUGAUGGGCUGUACGAAUUCAUCAUUAUGCCCUUCGGUCUUACGAAUGCACCAGCCACAUUUGAGUGCCUCAUGGACAAGGUUCUCCGCCAUCAGCUCAACAGGUUUGUUGUUGUUUACCUCGACGACAUCCUGAUUUUCAGCAAGUCUAUGGAAGAGCACGACAAACACCUUGAGGAGGUUUUGCAGAUCCUCAAGGAGGCACAACUGCACCUCAACUUAGAGAAAUCUGAGUUUGGAAGGGACAACGUCAUCUAUCUUGGGCACCGGUUGUCUGCAAAUGGCCUCGAGCCGGAGGCAACCAAUGUUGAGGUCAUACGAAAGUGGCCUCAACUGGUGAACGUAUGCGAACUACGUUCUUUUCUUGGUUUGGCCUCGUAUUAUCGGAAGUUUGUGCCCAAAUUCUCUGUUAUUGCUCAUCCACUCUCGAGACUAACAAGCAAGAAUGUUGCCUAUGCGUGGUGUGAGAAAUGUGAGACUGUGUUCCAAGCCUUGAAAGAGGCUUUGGUAAGUCAUCCUGUGCUCUGCAUUGCGGAUCCCAACCUGACGUUCGUGGUCACUACAAACGUGAGCCAGUAUGGGAUUGGUGCAGUGCUGCAACAAGAUGAUGGCGAUGGCCUGCGUCCGCUCGAAUAUUACAGCAACGCAUGCCCAACCACAAGGUUCAUUAUUGCCGAUUGGAAGGACUUCACUUCACAGAUCUACGACAUUAAACUCGACAAGACUUCUGGUCGACAACCCGAAGCCAAUGGAUUGGCUGAGGAAAUCAACCAGACUGUCAUUCAAUUACUGCGCGCGUUAAUUGUUCCAGAUUUGAACACGUGGGACAAGGAGUUGCACAAAGUGAAGGGGUUGUACAACAACUCCAUUCACUCCGCAAUUGGCGUGACACCGAAUCAACUGCAAUAUGGUUGGCAGCUGCGCAAUCCUCUCUCCUAUUUGUUCCCCGAACGGUCCCCUGGUCUAACGUCCGGCAUGCCUGGCUACAAUGCCAAGUAUGCAUGCCUGCGCAAAGCUGCUAUCGCAGCAAUGAACAAGCGUCAGUAUGCCAUGAUCAAACAUGCUAACAAGUGGCGCAAAGAAGGGAACUUCAAAGUAGGGAGUUAUGUCUGGGUCAAAAUGUCGGAGUUUUCUGACGAAGAGGGCGCAUCACGAAAGCUUCUUCCAUUGUACUAUGGCCCUUGGCAGGUUCUAAAGGUGAUUGGGGAUGAUUUUGGUCCUUCGUAUGUGAUUGACGUGCCUCCUCAUCUGCGCACAUAUCCGGUCUUUCACGCGUUAGGGUCCAGAAAUUUCUUCAGAGGGGUCAAGAUGGAUGGACGCAGCAGGAGAAACAGGUUGGAAGGAAGUGUGGCAGGGGUAGACAGAGGAUCGGGGGUGACAGCAAUGCAUGCGGCAUCGGGGCUGGGAAGCUCAUUGUCCAGCGGUGCGUUGGUUCGUGGACCUCCACCAGGAGGGGUUGCGGUGAGCCGGGGACUGGCAUCUGGGUGGGACAGCCUUGUCGGAGGAGAUUCGGACGGUUCCGGAGGGUUUGUCGCGGAUGAUGAUGGAGGAGUUGAAGUCUUUGAAACUCUGGCAAACAGCAGCAGUGCGCGGCAAAGUGGAGGUGGACCGGCCGUUGAUAAUGGUGAAGGGAGAAUGAGAAGCGGUGGAGGGCCUUUUGCAGGUGCUCUCCGGUGGGUACGCUUUUGGCGAGGACGCGGUCCACGAAAUUCUGGAUCAGGCACAGCUGCAGCUAUGAGACGAGGUUCUAAUCCCGGGCUCGGCCAUGGGUCGAGUGGGGGAGGGUCAGGCAGGUCUGCCUAUGGGUCAGGCUCAAGUUCUAUGGGAUCGGCAAAUGGCAGUGCCGGUGUGGGGCAGCCAAAUGGAAGUGCAGAUACGCAUCCCCGAGGCAUGGAUUUGGGUGGAAGGGGCUUGUUGCCGACCCCGAAUAUCCCCCCGCAACUUGAUGGAAGGUAUCUCCUCUCUCAACCUCCCCCGCACCAUAUCCCAGUGGCCCUCCCUUCUCAUCCGCAUCCUUAUCCGCUUCCGCAGCCACAGGCUCACCCUUUCAUGCACGAUCUCUACCCGCAUCAGCCACCAGUGCCAAUGAACAUGCCUUCUCCUCCACAUCCCCAAGCUGUUAGCUUUGGCCGAGGCGGUGGUGGUGGCUUCUUGUCGGGAAGGGGUGUCCGCGUUGCAGAAAAUCCGCUAAUCAACAAUGGACCGCAAUUCAUCUACCGGACUGGCAGUCUCGGCCGCGCGGACCAAGAUGUUGGAGGCAGCUCCACACAUCCUCCAUCUCAACCAGGAGUCGGUGCAGCGGCGAAGAAAGAGGUGAAUCUGUGUAUAGACCUGAGAGGUAAAGCACACGAAAACCCAACUGCGAGCGCUUCAGGACCGUCAACCAGUUUGUGGCGAACAAAGGAAUUCAGAACGCCGGACAUGGCGCUGUUAUCGCUGACGUAUGCCAGUCACAGAGAAGAGGAGGAAUAUCCGCCGGUCGACUACUCGGACUCGGAAUCGGAUGACGAACUUGAGGAUGGUGAUGCUGGCCAUUCACGACCACAAGAUGAAAAACAGAUGGAACUCGAUAAGAAGGAUGACACACCGGCAGCACAUACAGUAAUAGUGAAAGUGAAGAAGGCCACAGGAAAGGAAGUGAUGGUGGAGAUGGCAGAGGACGACGGCAGUGCUCCGCAGGCAGAGUAUAAUGACGACCCCGAGGAGGGCAUCGUUCUUCCCAGAGGAGAGGCUUCGAGCAGUGGAGAGAAGGAUGGUUCCCGUAUUAACAUCGUAAUUUGAUAUUCUUCUCCGCUCUGGAUUCUACCUCUUGCUUGAAACACUGAGGUGACCGCCUGAAAAAAAAAAAUUAUGCAGUUGGUCUGUCUUGCCGUCGGUGAAGUUCACCAUGGAGAGAGAAGGGGGACAGAGAGAGGAAAGGUGUCAAGCAGUGGAGAGAAGGAUGAUUCCUGUGUUAGCAUUCUAAUCUGAUAUUCUUCUCUCCUCUGGAUUGCACCUCUUGCUUGAAACACUGGAUCAACCGCCUGAUCCAAUGCGAUUGAACUGUCUUCCUAUGGUGAAGUUCACCGCGGAGACAGAAGGGAGAGGGAGAGAGGAAAACUGGGAUUUGCGGACGUAACUGUCCAACUAGACAAAGAGGAGACACUCAAAGCCCUACAGGGAACGAUGACAUGGGUGUCAUUAAAUGCCCGGACACGCUGCGUGCUUGUGAAUGCCAUGCUGAAAUUCACUUGCAGAACAAACACCAGCUAUCACCGAGAACAACACGCUCCUUCUGACAGCAAGAGACUGAGGAUGAUGAUUUCCCAGUUGGUCAUCUCAGGUAGGUGGAGUAGUCUUCAAGCAGUGGAGUCGACAGUGCCUCACAGCGGAGAAUAUCUGGAUGUGCCCCCUCGCGCUUGAAGGUGGAAAGUGACUCCCGUGCAUAAGCACUCUCAGUGCCACUGCCUUCUCAAAUAUGGAACAUGGAGGAAGGAAGACGAAGACCUCGAGGGCGGCGAGGAAUGAUAAAGUACACAAGCAAUGUGAAUGGAGUGGGCAAUGCCACGCUGAGGUAAACAUCUGGAUUUGUUUGUAGUACUUUGUAUUGUUGUUUGAAGAGCAGCAAUGGGCCUCGCUGCACUGCCCAACACUCUGCAUGCGUUUGGAUGCCUUUCUAGACUGGGUGCAUUUGGAGCAGUCCAACAUUUUGAAUGUAUCGGGGGGAUUACGAGGUCCACAUACAUGUAGAGUGUUGUGUAGUGGAGCAAGGCCCAAUGACUCCCCCCAGUCCUUAGCAAUCGCAGUGCAAACUACUUCUCAAUAUGGCAGGAGUACGGAAUUGGGCUUCGCUCCAAUGCAUAAUACUUUACAUGUACGUGGACCUGGUGAUCAUCCCGAUACAUUUAAAAUGCUCAAUGAAUGUGCAUAUUUAAG